AUGUCUACAAGACAUGCUCGAGUAGCAGACAAAGAGCUGAACGACAAACAUACAAAAAUACUGACCGACUUAUUGCAGAAACCAGAAAAUAAGAAAUGCGCAGAUUGUAAAAAGAAGGAUCCUCGAUGGGCUUCCUGGAAUUUGGGUGUGUUCAUCUGUAUUCGAUGCUCAGGAACACAUAGAUCUUUAGGUACACACAUUAGCAAAGUAAAAUCAGUUGAUCUCGAUACAUGGAUUCCUGAGCAAAUCGAUAGUAUGGUAAAGUGGGGCAACCAGCGAGCCAACGUUUACUGGGAAUCAGAGUUGAACGGUAGAUUGCCAACUGAGAAUAAUAUGGAAAUGUGGAUCCGGGCGAAAUACGAGCAGAGAAAGUGGGCAGCAAAAGGACCAGUACCAGAUCCAACUACUAUUCAAACACACAGCAAAAGUAGUUCUACGACAUCAACAGUGUCACAAAAACCAGAAAAUGGUAAUAGUUACAAGCCUAAAAGCUCUAAUAGAGAAUUUGGUCAUCAUUACCAUACUGCAGCCUCAACUAAGGAGGGAACAGAGCGACCUAGUAGCAUCAAAUUGAAUCAUAGUAACGAAAGCAUCACAAAAACUGCUAUUGCAACACAAAAGAAAGCAGCGAGCUCAGCAUUGCCGUUGCCACCAGCAACUGAUACAAAUGCAAAAAUCAAUAUGGCUUUAUUUCAGACACAAUUAUCUGGAUUAUCAUUAGGAAGGUCAUCCACUGGUUUGAUCCCAAAAGCACCCCCAGGAAGUAACAUGUCAUGGACUAAUUUUCUAACUGCUCAUAAACCCACUGAUACAAAUACCACACUGGCCCAAACUUCAACAGAAGAGCCACUGAUUCCCUCCGCUGCAUUUGCAAAUCUACUCAAACAAUAG